UACACCACCCUCGCUCGAAGCGCCUCCUUUCCUGUUCAGACCAGAGAAAACCAUCCGUUCCUCUUUGUAGUGCACUUCGUGGUUAGGGUUUGGCAAUGUCGUGCCCGUGGUGGGACAACGACGACGACGAGUCGCCUGAGCACCGUGUCCAUGUGAGCAACCUCCCCUGGCGCGCCGACGAGCGCUCACUCAAGGACGCCUUCGCCGACUACGACCCGAUCUACGCCGACAUCGUCACCGACCGGGAGACUGGCAGAUCCCGUGGGUUCGGCUUUGUCGCCUUCAAGGACAAUGAGUCGAUGAAAGACGCCAUCGAGGGCAUGAAUGGGCAGGAUCUGGGCGGCCGCACCAUCACUGUUAGCGAGGCCAACCAACGCACCCGCCGUCAGAGGAGAUGAUCAAUAGCAGCGAGGAGGUCCGUCGCCUGGCCAUCUAGCCACUAGCUUAUCAACUUAUCGCAAGUCCCUGUGUCGUUGUGCUAGUUUGUGGUCGACUGUCUGUUGCGCGUCCUUAUGGUUGUUGAACAUCCUAGUAUCGUUUAA